AUGAUUGAGGAACCUAAUGGCAGCAGUUCACGUGGAAGAGGCUUUAGGAAAAAAAUAACAAGAGAGAAACUUGACACGUCGCGAUCGCAUUGGGAGAUUGAGAUUCCCAUUGUUGCGAAAGGAUUGUUACUUUGUACUACCCACUUUAACAUGAAGAAACAAGACUUCCACUUGGUAGAAGCAGAGGAAGAGACUUCAAGCCCAUUGAGUGCUCAAAUAUUUGAGCUGUGUGAUCCUGACUUAUUCCCAGAAGCACUUCAAAGCUCUGAAAUUAAUACUAGCUCCAACUGUUGCUAUGAAGACAACUCCUUUUACACCACAAACCAUUCCUUUGCUCCUGACAUGGACAACUUUCAUAUCACUUCAGACAAAAUUAGUACCAAAAACACCCUCGGAUCCACCACCAUCACCGCCACCGCCACCACAUCCGCCAACUCUACGCCAACGGGGGCCUCCACCACCACCAGCCUCUCGGCACUCUUCUGCGCCCAAGAAGAGAUUGAGAAUGACGUCUCUCCAACCGUAGAAAUUUCGCAGUCUACAUCUUUCUCUAUUCCUCAAUUUCUCCCUAACCAACAAGACCAAUUUGAUUUAUCCUCUCUUCAAUCUGGAGCCCAAUUGGAAGAAUCUAUCGCUGUUAAUGAUGGGUUUUCACCGUAUCCUCCUAACUCGAUUCCCUCUGUCGUGGAGCCCAUGGUUCUGCCUUCGGUUUUUGAAGAAGAUUGCUUGAAUUUGAUGCCUCCUUAUACGAAUUUGAACUCUUCAUCGACAACUUCUUGCUCUUUUCUUGAGGCUUCCAGUGGAAUGAGGCCUUAUCUGGCUACCAAUCUGGGACCUGCAAUUGCUGCUGACGAUUCUGGGAUUUUCAAUGGAAGAAUAAUCAUGGGCAGUGAGUUGAAGAACCAAAAAUUGGAAUUUCAGGAGCAAAAUGGUGGAAUUUUCUGCCCGGAACCUUUGCCCGCGGUUUACAAUUCCAGUAACCUACAGGCACUUAAUAGUGAGAAGCAACAUGUCACAAAUGGAGGUGGGAGUUCAACUCCUCUGGUUCCAGACAUAGCCGUUUUGGAAGACUCAUCAUUCAAGGUUGGGAAGCUAUCUGUUGAGGAGAGAAAGGAGAAGAUCCAUAGAUACAUGAAGAAAAGGAAAGAGAGGAAUUUCAGCAAGAAAAUCAAGUAUGCCUGCCGGAAAACUCUAGCAGAUAGCAGGCCUCGGGUUAGAGGAAGGUUCGCCAGGAACGAUGAGUUCUGUGACAUCCCUAGAGUAACCUGCGGUAACCAUGAAGAAGACACAGACGAGGAUGUGAUGAAGCAUUUUUACACAUUUGACCCUUUACCAACCGGGACAUACCCAUCCCUCCCUGAAUAG